CGCUACAGAUCAACCAGUCAAUAUUUUGAGCUAGUCGUCGAUUUAAGAAGCUGAAUUUACUGGUAUAGUUCACAAAGUUUUAUCAUGCCUACAGCUUAUUACUCACGACAGUAUCGAAGCGAUCGUUUCAACGACAGCAACACAGAUUGCUUAAGCGAAAAUUGGACAUCACACUCCAGGUCAAGAAAGCAGUUUUCAGGCGAAGGGACAAUACGAUCAAGUACUAAAAAUGACUAUGGAAGGCGCACAUCCCACAAGAUUAGAGAAACUUACUUUCUCGAUGAAGAAGAUGGGAUACAACACUCGGGUAAGAAAGAUACGGGUGGUUUUUUGGAUGGCUUUUAUUCCAAGGCCAGUCGUCAGCAUUCAAACGAAGGCGUAGUACAAGCAAGGCCAAAAAAAGGUUAUGGAAGUAAUUAUAAUACAUCUCAAUCCGGAAAGAAUUCGUUUGUAAAAGAAAACCGAAUGCAGUACUCUAGCAGGAAAGUAAUGGAUGGAUCAAAGAAAGGAGCUAUACAGUCAAGAACCAAAAAGGGAUAUGGAGACAGUUCAUGGCAACCAAAGAAUGCCUUAGCAACUUCAUCGUCCUCCCAAUCACUGUUUUGUGAUUAUGGAGACAAUGCAUUUAACCGAACACAAGAUACUUCACCAAAAUCAUCAGCAACAGCAACAGCAACAGCAUCAGCAUCAUUAACUUAUCAUGCAAAACCAAGAAGACAUGAAAUAAAAACUAAAACAGACCAUGAGAAAUUGAAAGAUACAAGCGCCUUCCGACCUGUUAACUACGGGAAUGUAAUCCAUGAGCCAAAGCGACUGGCUGAGUUUAAGUGGCAGAAAUUGGAAAAUGCAACGGAAGAAGAAGAAAGACAGUUUUUGCUAAAGUACUUCAAAGAAGGCAAAUUUCAAGACGUACCUGUGAAUUGCGCAACAACGAAUAUAGGAGACCAUCUGUUCUGCCCAGGAUCACUUCUUGGAAAAUCUUACGAGCACCAUUUCGUGUGUGUUGGUGUCCACAGCGACGGGAUCGAAGUGAUCGAGUAUGCCGGACAAUACUCCAGUAAGGCAGCAUCAUCUUCCUCCUCAAAUCCGCUGGCGUUUGCCAAAAUCCAAAAACGAUAUAAAACGUUUCAAGAGCUAAAGGAAAAAAAGACCAAAAAGCGACUUUGGCCAAAGGAACUGGAAAGAUUUGAUGACUAUGAAGUUGUUUCACGUGCUGAAAACAGAAUGAAGGAAGAAGGCAGAUGGUAUAAUGUGCUUACCAACAACUGCGAGAGCUUUGUCAACUGGUGCAAGUGUGGUCUGAACGUUAGCUUGCAAGUGAAGCCACAAUACAAGACCUCUUGGGAAGCUGUUAAAGCAGUGGGAAGCGGAGUCUUUCAGGUAGUUAAAGCCUUUGCAGCGAAAGAAGCCACUCCUUUCUUGGUCAAAGCAGCUGCCAACCUCUCCGACGACGCCGUUGGCUUAAUUUUAGGUCCACUGUCUCCUAUUGGAUUUGCCAUUGGUGGUCUGAUUGAAACAGGUCUCGUUGUUAAAAACUUCUGCGAAGACCGCCAAAAGGUGAAGCAAAACAUCAUGACAGAACGCCAACUUAAAGUCAACACUGUCAAAAACUCAGCAAAAGCAAUUGGCCGCUUUUCUCUUGGAACUGCAGGCGCGUUUAUUGGUUCUGCACUUGGACCUGUUGGAACAAUUGUUGGAGGUGUAGUUGGUGCAGUUGUAGGCCAUUGUGGAGGAGCUGCAGUGGGCUGGUGCUACGAGAACGCUCCAAAAAUAAAGCGGUCUAUACAAGAUAAGGUUAUCUCACCAGUAAAGAGGUUUUUUAAAUCUCUUUUUUCAUAAUUUCAACAUUGUUAUACUGGUAUUCAUAAACUAUUACGUGGUACGUUAAUGAAGAUAGCCGUCAACAUACCGUCAUGUUAAAUGCUAAUGUUGAGAGCGAAUCUCAUUUUAGCAGUAUAGAUAGAACAUGAUUAGAUAUAAGAAUACCAACAAGGCUAUACUGUUAGCAUAAAGUCAUGUGAUAUGCUAAUAAUGAGGAGAGCGAAUCUCACUUUAGCAGUAUAGAUAGAACAUGAUUAGAUAUAAGAAUACCCACAAGGCUGUACUGUUAACAUAAUGUCAUGUGAUAUGCUAAUGAGGAGAGCGAAUCUCACUUUAGCAACAUAGAUAAAACAUGAUUAGAUAUAAGAAUACCCA